AUGUUGCGGUCAGGAAUAACUGUUGCUGUCGCAAGGGCGACACUCUCGCGUUCGCAACUCGCUCGAUCACUGCCGCCCGCACAACCCGUCCCCCAAUCCGUCCGCACGACUUGGUCACCACGCACAAGCAUUGCUCAUCACGUCAGCGCCUUCUCCACAUCCACUCGCCUUCUCAACACUCCAGAAGAGCGCCGACCUACUUUGUCGCAAGAUGCUUCAGCGAGCCAAGAGGUGAAGCCAAAGUCAUCCGACGCAAGGCCAUUCCGAAAGCAAUAUCCACCUGUACGACCUCAGCCAAAGGCGAUCAGCUUUGAUCAGCCUGCUAUCCCCAACCCACACGAGACUGCCGCAGCACAUGCAAAGUUCCGUCGCAACAGUAAGCGUGUCGCACUUGUCGCCUUGGUCGCGAUUGUCGUCGGUGUUAUCGGUUAUCAAUUUGGAGACAGCAUCCAUCUCGACGGUCCACGAGCGCCGAUCAACGGCCUGCAGCUUCCUCACGAUGAGAUGGAAAGAAAUGUACGAGAGGCUCAGAAGGCGCAGGCGAACGGUACCAACUUCGCAUUCUUGGCUCUGACGCGCUCCACUACUAUCGCCAAGGCUGUCGCUCUCUGUGUUUGGGACUACCGCUCCACCCUUGGCAAGAAGUUCAAAUCGCGCCAACAAGAAGCGGAAGAGCUGCGACAAUGUCAUUUACGUUCGGCUCACCGCAUUCUAGAAGCGUUGCAGACCAACGGUGGUCUCUACGUCAAACUUGGUCAACAUCUUUCCGCCGUCAUCCUGCUGCCCGUCGAAUGGACACAAACGCUGCGCCCGCUUCAAGACCAGAACACUCCAACGCCACUUCCCGAGCUCGAGGCCAUGUUCAGAACCGAGACUGGCAUGAGCUUCGACGAGGCCUUCAGCGAGAUCGAUCCCAAGCCUAUCGGUGUUGCCUCCUUAGCGCAGGUCCACCGUGCAGUCGAUCGCAAAACAGGAGAGCCACUUGCCAUCAAGAUGAUGCACCCUCAUGUUGAACGCUUUUCUCGAGUCGAUAUGCAGACCGUCACCGUGCUCGUCAAAUGGGUCAAACGACUUUUUCCCGACUUCAGCUUCGAGUGGCUUGCCGACGAGAUGAACGAGAACAUGCCCCUCGAGAUGGACUUUCGACACGAAGCUCAGAACGCAAAGAGGGCUGAUGACGACUUUGCCCACUAUCCUACUACCUCGGUCUACAUUCCAAAGGUCAGGUACGUCUUCAAGCGUGUCAUGGCCAUGGAGUUCAUCGACGGUCGUCGUCCAGAUGAUCUUCGCUACCUCGCAGAGCACAACAUCGACCGCAACCGUGUCAGCCAGGAGCUCUCUCGUGUCUUUUCGCAGAUGCUUUACCUUCAUGGCUUCUUCCACGCAGAUCCACAUGGCGGAAAUGUCCUUAUUCGUCCCGCUCAGCCUGGUAGCCGAUCGCGAUACAACUUUGAAGUCGUCCUUCUCGACCACGGACUGUACUUUGACAUUGACGAAGAGCUUCGGGCCAACUACGCUAGGUUUUGGCUCUCGCUACUUCAGCGUUCCAGCCCUCAAGUCACAGCAGAGCGACGCCGAUAUGCUAAGCUCAUUGCUGAUAUCGACGAUGAUCUCUACCCCAUCUUGGAAAGUGCCAUCACCGGCAGGGCUGGUCUGGAAGGCAGCGAUCCCAAGAACCCUCUCGGUGUCAAGGACCGCCACAGGGCAGGAAGUCUCCUUGAGAUCGACGGCGGAAGCAACCUCACUGACGAUGAGCAAGAACACAUCCGCAAGACAGUCAUGGAGAAGGAAGGCCUCUUUGUUUCCAUCAUGGAGCUCCUUCGCCGUCUACCUCGUCGUAUGCUCAUGGUACUCAAGCUCAACGACUUGACUCGCUCUCUAGACGCAAGCUUGCAUACAACGCACGGCCCCACCCGCCCUUUCCUGAUCGCAGCUCGUCUCUGCGCCAAAGCAGUCUACCGCGACGACCUCAAGCAACUCAGAGAACGUCGAAAGAGCGGCAAAGCCAGCUUACUCACCUCACUAUCGCUGUGGAAAGACUACCUGCGUGCUUGGUGGUCUUACGUCUACUUCUACCGGGGACUCGCUCUCAUCGAAACGGCAUUAGACAUUCGUGCACGUUGCAAGAAGAUUGUUCAAUUCGGCAAAAACAGAGUUGGAAAAGGUGGAAGUGCAGAGAAUGCAAAGAGUGCUGCCGCUGGAUUGCAUGAUCAGGCGGAGAGAGACAAGAAGGAAGAAGAAGAUCGCAGACAAGCCAAACUGGCUCUGCAGAAGGAGCCACGGGGCUGA